UUUAGCCCGCUCAGGGAUAGCCCCUCCGUCCCUUCCCUGCCCCCCCCAAAUCGGACCCUUCUUAAGCAUUGGGGCCAGGCAAAGCUCGCGACGUUGACAUGCCCGAGAUUCGCCUCCGCCAUGUCGUGUCCUGCAGUAGUCAGGACUCGACCCACUGUGCAGGAAACCUUCUCAAGGCGGACACUUACCGGAAAUGGCGAGCAGCCAAGGCAGGCGAAAAGACCAUCUCUGUGGUGCUCCAGUUGGAGAAGGAAGAGCAGAUACACAGUGUGGACAUCGGGAAUGACGGUGCGGCCUUUGUGGAGGUGCUGGUGGGCAGCUCAGCAGGUGGGGCUGGGGAGCAAGACUAUGAGGUGCUUCUGGUCACCUCAUCUUUCAUGUCUCCUUCUGAGAGCCGCAGUGGCUUAAACCCCAACCGUGUUCGCAUUUUUGGGCCUGACAAGUUGGUCCGGGCCGCAGCCGAGAAGCGCUGGGACCGUGUCAAAAUUGUUUGCAGCCAACCCUACAGCAAGGACUCCCCUUAUGGCCUGAGUUUUGUGCGGUUUCACAGCCCUCCAGACAAAGAUGAGGUAGAGGCCUCACCCCAGAAGGUGACAAAGCUUGGGCAGUUCCGUGUGAAGGAGGAGGAUGAGGGUGCCAGCUCCCUGAGACCAGGAGCCCUCUUCUUUAGCCGGAUCAACAAGACACCCGCAGCUACAACCAGUGACCCAGCAGGGCCCAGCUAUGCAGCUGCCACGCUACAGGCCUCUAGUGCUGCCUCCUCGGCUUCUCCAACACCCAAGGGAGUAAAUAGCACCUCCAAGCCUCAGGAGUCCUCCAAAGGAAAGAGGAAGUUGGAUAUAAACCAAGAAGAAAGGAAGACCAGCAAACCAUCGGCCCGGCCCUCCUCACCUGCCCUCAAGAAACCUAAAAUGUCAGCUCCCACCCGUACCCCCGGCACUUCUCCAGUCCCUGCCCCAGCAAGGGGGGCAGUGCCAAAGAAACCCCAAGGAGAAGGGACUAAGCCCAGGGGACCUCAUGCUGGCCCGCAGGAGCUGGGGAAGAUCCUUCAGGGUGUAGUAGUAGUGCUGAGUGGUUUCCAGAACCCUUUCCGCUCAGAGCUCCGGGACAAGGCCUUAGAACUGGGGGCCAAGUAUCGGCCGGACUGGACUCCAGACAGCACCCACCUCAUCUGUGCCUUUGCCAACACACCCAAGUACAGCCAGGUCCUUGGCCUUGGAGGCCGCAUUGUGUGUAAAGAGUGGGUGCUAGACUGUCACCGCAUGCGGCGGCGGCUGCCCUCCCGGAGGUACCUCAUGGCUGGGCCAGGCUCAAGCAGCGAAGAAGAAGGGGGUUCUCACAGCGGCAGCAGCGGGGAUGAAGCCCCCAAGCUUCCUCGAAAGCGCCCCCAGAACAAAAACAGGACCCCUCAGGCAGCAGGACCCAGCUCACCACAGAGACCCCCAACCCCAGAAGGGAUCAAACUACCCUCCCCAGCAUCCCAGGAAAAUACUGACACUGAGGGGGAACAAUCAGGGCAGGACAACGGAGCAGAAGACUCUGGGGACACUGAGGAUGAGCUGAGAAGGGUGGCUGAACAGAAGGAGCAACGGCAGCCCCCUGGCCAGGAGGAAAAUGGUGAGGACCCGUAUGCGGGAUCCACAGAUGAGAACACAGACAAUGAGGGUCACCCGGAGUCUCCCAGCUUGCCAAUUCCUGAACUGCCAGACUUCUUCCAGGGAAAACACUUCUUCUUAUAUGGGGAAUUCCCUGGGGACGAGCGGAGGCAGCUCAGCAGAUACGUCACAGCAUUUAACGGGGAGCUCGAGGACUACAUGAGUGACCGGGUCCAGUUUGUGAUCACGGCACAGGAGUGGGACCCUCAAUUUGAGGAGGCUUUGAUGGACAACCCCUCCCUGGUAUUCGUCCGUCCCCGGUGGAUCUACAGUUGCAAUGAGAAGCAGAGGUUGCUUCCUCACCAGCUGUAUGGAGUGGUGCCCCAGGCCUGAGUCUAAUAAAGAUUAUUUGGU